UCACAGUCUCCGUUUCUCACUUCUCUCUCUACACCAACUGUCACUUUCUCUCUCUACUUUCUCUCUAUAUCACUGGUUGUGGGCCUUGUGGCAAGUGCCACACAACCAAGACAACAUCGCUAGUUUCUAUAUCAGACAUUGCUUAACCUGCGCCGGUCUGCGUAUCGUGUGCCGGUCUCCUUCUGCAAUGAGGAGGAGGAGAUCGUCCCUCGAGCUCCAUCCCUCCUCCUUCUCCAUACUCGCUUUCGCGUUUCUCUCUCUAGUUCUGAUUCCUUCUCUCUCUUUCUCUCUUCUCGUCACCACGGAAUCAGAUCAGUUCGAUGUUAUCAAUGCGACUGAAUCGAACAAUGUCAACCGUUCUAAAGCGAGAGAGGACAGCUUUGCAGGCAUGAUUGAUCGAGCUCUGGAGAAAGAGUUCACUGAAAGUGAUCAGAACGAAGUAAAUGAUCCCGGCAGCUUCAACAACAGUGUAAACGAACAGCAGGCCACUUUGGAAACAGUAGCUAGAGUCAAGUCCAAGAAGAACGAUACUAAAGAGGAAAAGUCCUUUCAACUUCAUCACGUAUUCAAUUUGGAUAAUGACAACGGAGCAGAAGAUACCCCAACAUUGAUAGAUAGAAAGGACAAUGUCUUUAUAAUAUCUAAUUUCAAAUCAAAGUAUCCAGUGCUACAGUUAGACUUGAGAUUGAUAUCAGAUCUGGUAAUUGUCAUUGUCUCUGCAACUUGUGGUGGCAUUGCCUUUGCUUGUGCUGGACAACCGGUUAUAACUGGAUACUUGCUAGCUGGAUCUGUUGUUGGACCGGGUGGGUUUAGCUUUGUCAGUGAAAUGGUGCAAGUUGAGACAGUGGCCCAGUUUGGUGUAAUUUUUCUUCUUUUUGCUUUGGGGUUGGAGUUCUCUACAACAAAGCUUCGAGUUGUUCGAGCAGUUGCUAUUCUGGGAGGCGUGCUUCAAAUAUUCCUAUUUAUGUGUCUUUGUGGAAUUACAGCCUCGUUAUGUGGUGGUGAACCUUCAGAGGGGAUUUUUGUUGGUGUGUUUCUCUCAAUGUCUUCAACAGCAGUGGUAUUGAAAUUUUUGAUGGAAAAGAACAGUACAAAUGCCCUUCAUGGCCAAGUUACCAUCGGCACACUUAUUUUGCAGGACUGUGCCGUUGGGUUGCUUUUUGCUCUGCUUCCAGUUCUGGGUGGAAAUUCAGGUGUUCUACAAGGAGUAAUAUCCCUGGCUAAAUCGUUGGUGACGUUGAUUACAUUUUUGGUUGUUUUAACAAUAUUAUCUCGCACUUGUGUGCCUUGGUUCUUGAAAUUGAUGAUAAGUCUGUCAUCACAGACCAAUGAGCUCUAUCAAUUGGCAGCAGUCGCAUUUUGCCUUCUCGUAGCUUGGUGUAGUGAUAAGCUGGGUCUAAGUUUAGAACUGGGAUCAUUUGCUGCUGGAGUGAUGAUAUCAACAACUGAUCUUGCUCAACACACACUUGAACAAGUUGAACCCAUUCGCAAUUUCUUUGCUGCUCUUUUCCUUGCUAGCAUCGGUAUGCUGAUCCACGUUCAUUUUCUCUGGAGCCAUGUUGAUAUCUUGCUGGCAUCUGUUAUAUUAGUGAUAAUUGUUAAAACAUUUGUCAUUACCACUGUUGUCAAAGGAUUUGGCUAUAACAACAAGACUUCACUUCUUGUUGGUAUGUCUUUGGCACAAAUAGGGGAAUUUGCUUUUGUCCUUCUCAGUCGUGCUUCUAAUCUUCAUCUUAUUGAGGGGAAACUGUACCUGCUGCUCCUUGGGACAACAGCUCUUAGUUUGGUUACUACACCGUUGCUUUUCAAGCUAAUACCUGCCGUUGUACGUCUUGGGGUGCUGUUACGGUGGUUUUCCCCUGACAGUCAGAGUGAGUUGGGAUUCAAAGGAGAGAACCUCCGCUCAGACAGUGCCAAGCAGCGUAUUGCUUUGAUCUCCAAAGAUCUAAUGAUCCAUGAAGGUUAAAUAUAUGCUUUUCCAGAUCUACCUCGUAAGAUUCUCAUGCUCAAGACUACAUUUCAUUUGUUCAAAAGAGGUUGGGGCGGAUUGCUUCAUCUUUUUCUCCCGAAUCUUACACAAAUUGUUUCCCUUGUUAUUUUUGUUACACGCCUCUGACCAAACUAGAUAACUAAAAAACUUAACUCUCGGAAAUGAGAGAACAGGGUAUUAACCAUAGUGGUGAUCUAACUUCCAAAACAACUAACCAAAUGUAGCUUCGCCUUUGCUUGACCUAAUCAUGCUAUUCCAGUGUGAGCCUUUUUUUUUUUUUCAAUGUAAAAUAGUGCCUUCCUUCUGAUGUAAUUCAGACUGAGAUAUGUUAUUCUUUAUUCUUAUUUGAUGCAUUUGUUCUAA